UGUGUUGUUGCCGCUUCUUGACUACAUGUUGUGAGUUCCUUGGGUACUUAAAUCCCCCGUGUCGUGUUUGGAAACCUUUUCUUGACGUGUCGCCGCCUGUAAAAACGCGUUUUAACGAGAACUGGAGUGAGGAUGUUAGCAGUUAGCCGUUAGCUCCGCAGGUUAAAGCUCCGGUAGACUAGAUCCAUAGUGAGGACCAUAGACGGCCAGCAGCGGCUCUCUGCUGCUCCUACAAACACAAACUGGCUCGCAACGUCAACACAGGACAUAUUGUAAACUUGUAGAUGAUGUCUUCCUGAACAAACCUCCCAAAAUGGAGCUACUCUGAAGUUUUUUUUAAAAAGCCCUUUUAAAGUCUUCAGUUUUUAUAUAAUUUCCAACAUUUUGGAGGAGAAGCACUACCACAAUGACCGUCACUUACAACUUUUGUGCCCUCCUAGUUUUCACCAUAACAGCAUGCAGCCGUUUUGAGCCGGCCCUCUGCUCCGCCCGCUGUGGGCAUUCCCUCCAAGUCUUGGACAACAAAGUGGGAGAGAUCAGGAGUUCUAUUUACCACAGCUGGUCCUACCGCUUCGGCCCCAGCUAUGACUGCUGGAUCAUCGAGGGUCCGGAAGAUGAACCUAUCGUUCUCAGCUUUUCCCAGUUUUCAGCGCGGUGUAGGAAGGAAUGGGUGUCCAUAAAAUCCUCAGCUGGCGGUGAGCCCGUUGGCCUUUGUGGCUCCAAGUUGCCGCAACCGAUGGAGUUUCCAGGGGGAAAUAUUACAGUGAUGCACCACUUCCUCCCACAUCUGUUCCCUGUGUCGUCCUUUCGGUUGACCUACGCCAGAGACACCGGUGACUGCCCGGUCACAUCCUUCGAGUGCCUGGGCGGCCGCUGCCUUCCCUUCUCGUGGCGCUGUAACGGCCAGGUGGAGUGUCUCGGCGAAGGCCGCGGCCUCGGCAGCGACGAGCAGGGCUGUGGUGCAGAGGCGGAGACCCCAGAACCCCCAAAGUACGGCAGCACACAGACAGAAGAGGCCAAAGCAGAGGCGUACACAGAGAAGAACCACGAGAGGGACUCUGAGAGACAUUAUCUCACAGAUUCUGAGUCUGAUCUGUGGGCGCUGCUGAAGGAGAGGCAGGAGGAGGAGGAGGACCAGGAGCAGCCUCAGACCCACAGGGAGCCCGUUGUGACGCCCACUCCCAUUGAGUGGCCCUGUGGAGGACACCUCCAGACCUUCUACGGGACCUUCUCCCCUCCAGCCAUCCGGGGCCCUGCACUGUUCUGUGUGUGGACUCUGGACCCUCAGGACUCGAGGCCACUGAGACUGGACCUGCAGCAGCUGGUGCUGGGGCCCGGAGACAGACUCACUGUGUACAACAUGGAGCAAGGCAAAGGAGACAUUAUCAAAAUUAUCACCAGCUCUUCCAAUUACAAAUCAGUCCAAGUUGAGUCCCACACCGGCCUGAUGUCGAUGACGUAUGAGACUCUUCCCAGCUCGGAGGGGAGCGGCUUCAACGCCACGUUCCACGUGGGGACGUACUGCCCCCCGUGGGAGGGCCGGUGUGGCGGAGCGGCAGGAGGCUGCUACACCAAGGAGCAGCACUGCGACGGGAAAUGGGACUGUCCCGAGACGGGCAAGGACGAGGAGGGCUGCCGGGGCUGCGGCAUCAACCAGUUCGCCUGCGGCGUGGCGGGGCAGCGAGCCGUGGCAUCCAGUCACUUCGCUGGCAGACCGGUGUGCUACCCGGUCACAGAGAGAUGCAACUACCAGCUGUACUGUGCUGACGGCAGCGACGAGAGGGACUGCACCGUGUGUCAGCCGGGGACCUUUCAUUGUGACAGUGACAGGUGUGUGUUUGAGAGCUGGCGCUGUGACGGCCAGGUGGACUGUAAGGACGGGACGGACGAGCUCAACUGCACCGUCAUCCUGCCCCGCAAGGUCAUCACCGCGGCAACGGUGGGCAGCCUGGUCUGUGGGCUCCUGCUGGUCAUCGCCAUGGGCUGCACCUGUAAACUGUACUCGCUCAGGACCAGGGAGUACAGCUUGUUUGCUCCGAUCAGUCGCCAGGAAGCGGAGCUGAUCCAGCAGCAGGCUCCUCCCUCCUACGGUCAGCUGAUCGCACAGGGCAUCAUCCCCCCAGUGGAGGACUUCCCCACAGAAAACCCCAACGAGACCUCGUCUCUGUCUCUGAGAGGAAUCCUCCAGCUCCUCCGUCAGGACGCUGCCAACUCCCCGCACCGCAGACGCCGGCCCCGAUUCAUCCGCCGGGCCGUCCGUCGCAUGAGGAGGUGGGGCCUGAUCCCGCGGCCUCCCUCCAGGCCCAGCCAGGCGUCCAGCUCCAGCCAGCAGCCGGCGGACGCUGCUCCCUCCGGACAGGAGCCGGCUCACUCCACGCCCACCUCCUCCUCCUCGGCCGUGGAGGCCGUCAACCAGCCGGUGCCUCAGAAACUGGGCCUGUUGGCUCAGUCGGAGCAGCAGCAGCAGGAGGCCCCGCCUCCUCUCCUGCCGCUGCCCCUGCCUCCUGUCGCCUCCCCUCCUCCUCCUCCGUACGCUCCGCCAGCUCCGAGUCCAGUCACUCCCCAGACUCCUCCUGUGGCCGUCCCCCCCAGCAGCCCCUCUCUGGCCUCCAUCUUCCACACGCUGGGCCUGAGCAUCUCCCUCUUCAGAGCCUCGCCCUCCUCCUCCUCCUCCACCAACUCCAUGCCCCUCUCCGCCUCCCCGUCUUUCUCCUCCUCCUCGUCCUCGUCGGAUGACGACGUGCUGCUCAUCCCGCUGUCCGAAGACACGACUUCAGAGGACGACGUGCCCAUGCUCACCUGAAUGACUUCCUCACCCCCCCACACCCCCUCCUCCAUCUCCUCCUCCUCCUCCUCCUCCUCCUCUACUCACAGAUGAUAAACUGAAACCCAGUCUUUCCACGUUUGUUUGAACUCGAGCACAGGAGACUCACCUGCACUGUGCAAGUCUGGUGCCUUUUUGAAAUUGCUUUGCGUUGGAUUUGUUGACUUAUGGAAUCAAGUAUUUGAUUUUUUUUUCCUUUUUUAAAGACCUCCUGAAAAAGUUUUAGACGAAAAAAGCAUGAGAGUAAGUGUAGGUGAGUAUUGGAUGUGCACUUACUUCCUGCUAGGCUGCACAUUGAAGGUAAACUUUUGCACAGAAGAAUCUUCCCUAUCCAGAAACUGAGGCAGGCUACUGUCAGAUUGAGUGAUUAGUUUUUAGAUUACAUGAUGGAAAAUAUUGUGUUUGUAUGACUGCAACUGUGUGAAUGCAUUUGCAUUUUAGGCUAUAUUCACACUAAUGUGUUUUUGUUUUAAAACUCAUAACUUUGCUACGUUGACUCGGCGUUUUUGAACCCCUAAAACAGAGAGUUUGGAAAACUCUGCUGGGAAAAAAACCCCCCAUUAUUUCUGCACAUUCAGACUAAAACUGUCGCAGAAAACUGUGAAACAAAUACAAACAGAAUGUUUCAAAUUCAGCGUGUACAUUUAUAAAACCAAAUUUAUCAGUUUGGACAUAAAAUAUAUUGUCUUUGUACAGUUUUCAGUUGAACAUGUGCCAAAAAGGAUUACCAAAUUAUAGCAUUCUGUUGUAUUUCUGUUUUCACAACUUUUUGGGGGUAAUAAUGAUUUUCAGCUUUCAGAAUCCUAGUGUAGUUGUACAAACCUUGUCUUCCUCUGUAGUAUUUUUUCUGUCUUCUCAACCCGAAGUAACGUUAGACAAUCUGCUUUCUCUUUGCACCGGCACAUGCAUGCCCGGUGUACGUGAAUAGUCGUGUGAUGUGCGUUUUCAGGCGGUUGUAGAUCUCUGAUUCGAUGCUAAAAUGUUGGAAAUCCAUUUUAAAAUGAAAACGUAUUUGUGUGGAUGUAGCUUUACAUUGACAGUGAAGUAUGUUUGUAGAUGUGGAUUAUCUCCACAUACUUCUGCCACUUGCAUCCAUGUUUUACCACAGAUAAUUAUAUAUAUAAAAACCAACUAAUUCCCCCUAUUUAAGUGCCUUUUUGAGGAGUUUCCCGUAGAGAAACACACUGCACACCAGAACACACGGAGGCACACGUUUUCUCACAUCUUAGCACGCAUCCACACAUCAGUGGCUUUAUUAUCACAUGAAAAUAAAACGAUGCAUGUACUCUGCAAGCUGGCAAUAACUUUUUGGGACCCCUAGUGCACACGGAUUGCAACAUAACUGUUUUGAGUACACACACAUAGACACGUGUACCCUUCCCUAGUGAAUGUAUGUAAUCUACAGAAGCAAAAUGUGUCAAAAGACAAUCUCUCCGGUGCCUGAUUUAAGGAUGUGUGUGUGUGUUUGUAGUGUGCACGGGAUAGAUGAGGCGCCCUGGCGAUGAAACGGCGGGCGCGAAAAUUCACAAAAAUAACCUCAACUUGAAUCUUCAACCCUUGAGGGGAAUCAUUCUGUCACACUCUGACACAACAGACUCGUGGUGUGCCAUUUGUAUUAUUGUACAUUUUACGGUGUUUUUAUUUCAGGCAAGUUACAUUUUGUUUUCUCUCCUAAGUUGUUGUUUUUUUUUCGCUUUGUUGAAUGUAUUAGGGUCGACGUGGAGUAGCCGCAAGUUUUAAAAUUUGCAUUGUAAUGAGGUAAAUGAGAGAGAGAAAGAGUCAUUUCUGGUUAUUUAGGGUCAACUUCACUGUAUAUAAGUAAAAAUGUGGCUGAGAUUAAACGAUUUGCACUUUUA